CGCCGCAAUGGUAUGCAGAUGUUCCUCAGUAGACCAGUCCAUUUUGUAAGUAGCAUAGGGCAUAGGGAACUUGGUGAUACGCAGAGUCUCAGAUGUGCGUCUUUGACUCAACGCUGCCCCAUUACUCGUGAUCGUAUUCUUCCUUGAUGCUGCUUUCUCGCCAUUGCGCGGUGAUCUGCGCUUGCGCAUGGGCUGCGGUUGUGGAGAUUGGCCGUCUGGUGUUGGAGCAUACUUCACGAGGUGUGCAGGUUCUCCUGAAUCAUCAAGUCCGAGGUACGACGCUACGGUUGCGUUCCUGCGUCGAUUCGCUAUUUGUGAGAUUGAAGAAGCGCAAGGUGGAGAGCUUUGUUGCGAUGAGCAUUGAUUAAUAGCGGUGAACCCUGGCGAUGAUGGGAUAUGCGCAUAACUCCUGUACACUCAGGGUUAGUGGGCAGUCACGGUAGGAGCGAUGGAUGUUGGAGAUUGAUGAGUGACGCGUGGUUCGGGUUCCUCACGCAGCAUCAGCAGCUUCCCUCAUACCCUCCAUGUCCCGGCCUUGGUACAACACGUCUGCCGUGUUCACGCCUUCGACAGGUAAAUCACACGUCGAGGUUGCGGACAAUGGAG